AGCAAUUUUCUCAACGCAAUCAGCUCUCUUACUAAGCUCAAAAUUCUCCAAGUUCCAUUCAAUAACAUUACUGGUACUAUACCCAUGUCUCUAAGAAACUGUACUCAGCUUCAAGUGCUUGACCUCUCUUCCAAUGCCUUCACUGGAAAUAUACCCUCUGGACUUUGCUCAGCUUCUUCCUUACAGGAAUUACUGCUCGCAGGCAAUUCUCUAUUUGGAUCAAUACCUUCUGAUUUAGGAAAUUACACUAACUUGAUUGUAAUCAAUCUUAGUCUGAACAAUCUAAGUGGAUCCACUCCAUUGGAAGUAUGGAUGCUACCAAAACUCUCCGACUUGAUCAUGUGGGGAAACAACUUCUCUGGUGAAAUUCCGAAAGGCAUGUGCUUAAAUGGAGGCAAUCUGCGGAGACUUAUUCUCAACAACAAUCCAUUCUCCGAAGUAUUUCCAGAAUCACUCACAAAUUGCACCAAUCUCACUUGGUUAUCCCUCUGUGAUAAUCAGCUACACGGGGAAAUCCCAGCCAACAUCCAGAACCUCCAAAAACUCAGCAUUCUGCAGCUGAGUCACAACCCCCUCACAGGAGCUAUCCCUCAAGAGCUUGGCAAUUGCAGGAAUUCGACCGGAAAACCUGGUGAGAUUCCUGGAUCCGAACACUUGUUUGUUGGUGAGUUUCAUCAGCGUCUCUGUUGUUCAGACACCAAAGCCCCAGGGCAGUCUCGUAUACUUGGAUCUAUCUUCCAAUUUCUUGUCCGGAUCGAUCCCCCAGAGCCUGGCUCCAUGUACUUCUUGUCCUACCUCAAUCUCGGACAAAACAACCUAACUGGAACUAUCCCCCACAUGUUCAGAAAUCUUACAGGGCUGGGAGUUGUCUACCUGUCUCACAACCAUCUCGACGGCGAAAUUCCGCUGUCGUUGGCGUCGCUGCCUCGGCUAAAUGACAUCGAUCUCUCAAACAACAGUCUCAGCGGCCCAAUACCAUAGACGAAGCAGCUCUGGUCAUUUCCGGUAUCUAGAUUCGAGAACAAUUCGGGGCUGUGCGGACACCCGUUGCAGGCUUGUGUAGCUUCGGAGGAUCCUUCUGAGGCGGAGGAAUUGGUGGGGUGGUUCUGGUUUGUUGUUGUGAUGGGGUUCAUCUCUGGGUUGCUGUUUGGGAUAUCUUUCGCAGUAAUUUGGUCAGGAAGAAUUGAAUAUCUGUUAGGGGACGUCAUUAGUCUGAUGCAAUCGAAGAGGACGACACUGUUGAAGAAAUGCAGUUAAAAGAC